UAACAUCAACUAUAGUCAAAAAAGAAUCCUCAGAUAGCUUGAGUGUUGAUUCUUGUUUUCAAACAACUGGUUUCCCUGUGUCUAGAAAGGAAUGGGCUGAAAAAAUACCUUGUGAAGCCUCAACAAGCUCUCAUAAAACUUGGGAUGAUUUUUCCAGUGUUUCAAAGCCCUUGGUUAAGAAAGAAAAUAUUGCAACUAUGCCUGGUGAAACAGCACCGGGUCUGCCAGAAUUUUGUUCAUCAACAUUUACACCUGAAGCCCAAGAUAUCAAUAGUGUUGAUCUUCAUUCUAUACCUCAAGAAUGUCAGCAUAUUGAUGAUGGCAGUGAAAUACUCAGAUCUAUAGAGGUUUCCACUGUCCAUGGAGGUUAUUUUCCUAUGAAAAUCAAGGAUGAACCAAUAUGUCAAUUAAUGGAAGUAUAUUCUUUAAAGACUGGCCCUACUGUGGUUAGUUCUGAAUCACAUUCAUGGCAGGAAUAUGGUUGCCAUCAAGAAAAUGCUGCUCAAAGUUUUGAUAAAGGUGUGGCCACUUUUCAAAAUGAAGCUUCGAAUGAAAUUGCUACUUCUGAAGUUAACGCUACAGACCAAGCCAAAGCAAAACAAGAUAGCAAAAAUAGAGCCCCAGUUUCAGAUACCAAGCUCCAACAAUAUGAAGAACUUAGUGAUUUUGAUGAUCACAAAAAAAAUGAGAGUACUGCUAUUGCUAUCGGUGAUUUAAAUGCUAAAAUGAAUGUGGAUGUCACUGACCGCUUCACCUUAACUGAGGAACUUAAUUAUGGAGAUUUGAACUCGUCUGAUAUGGGCUUCACCAAUGCUGAAGAUCUGUCCUUCCCAUCAGAUGAGUUCAUACAAGCCAAUGGAAAGGGGUUCAGCAGUAGCAGUCCUCCAAUGAGACGUGAAGCUGCUCUGGUUUGCUUGAAAAUUUGCAAUUUGCUGCAAGAAAUCAGAAAAAAGCUGGUGAUGGUGGCCAAGAGUGACAGUAACCUUGAACAUCCUCUGAUUUAUGCUCUACACCUCCUUGCCAGUGGAAGUACCAAGGAAGAAAUUCUCACUUUUCUUUCUCAUCCUGGAGUAUUACCUUCUGAACGCGAAAUGUUUAACAAAUUGUCUAGUGCAUCCAGUGAUUUGCAGCUGAAUGAGGGACUUCUCACUAUCAAUGGGAAAAUAGCAGUGGCUGAACCAGUUCACUGCAAGAUGUUCCAACUUUUCUCUAAACAUUUUGUUGUGCAAACUGUAAGGACUUACAUGGAACUGCUCAAAGAGGAAUACCUUUUAGCCGACACCAAAAUCAUGAAGAGUCACAAAAAUUGUGCUUGUCUGAGAAAUGAACAAACCUCAUUUUGUAAGGUCCUACAAAACAUUCCUGUGAAGGCCCUGCAAUCAUGUUAUGCUGCUUGCAAGCAAUGGAACUCAACGCAGCUGCAGCUUUGGCACAAACUGGCUCUGUUAUGUCGCAACCGUUCUCCUACCAAGAUUAUUCUCAUCAUAGAUCAUCGCUUCUAUUUGAAAAUUAAAGAGAAAGUUGCGACCGAUUUCCCUCAAGUAGAAGUUAUUGACCAACAUUGCUUGACUCCAGCAACUGCACAUCUUUCAAUGCUUCAAAACUUGUCAAUAAUCAGGGAACAAUGUUUGUUCAUCAUUGCUGGAGUACAGGAUUCAGUACUUGGAGCACAGAAGAAAAUUGAGUCCAAUGGUAGCAAGAAAAAUUGUGCAGUGGAAAAAUAUUCUCUGGAAUCAAUUCCCAAUGCUAAGGCUUUGGGUACCCAUGCUGGCUGGGACCUCAUCAGCAAGUCUUGGGAUGUCUGGAGCAGAGUCUUAUGCUCCUCAGACAGCAGCAAUGUUUUGUUCCUUCCCUUGUGUUCAGACAAAGGAGAAAAUUCUGCCCCAGAUCCGGGAUCUUCUUUGGAGAUAGAGCAAAUGGGGACCAAGUGCCCAGACAGUCACAAGAUACUACUUGCUGGUGCCACUCAAGUGUAUAAUCAGUGGGCUCUGAACCAGCUUUCCAUGUGUGGGUACCAGUACCAUGCCAGUAGGCAGGAGAAUGUAGAGGAGGGUCUGCUGGCUCUUCUUGAGUCUCUUUACUCUAGUCUGGAUAACAGCAAGAGCCAGACCCAUUCUGCAAUACUCAGGACGCCUGUGGUGCAAUGUUUCUCGUCAGUCGUGCUGGUCACCGAGAGGUUGUUCACUCCAGCAUGCCUCACAGACCUGGUUGGAUCUGAAAAUGCUUUAACACAACUAGAGAACAUGCUGACACACCUCAAAGCAGAAGUUGACUCCACGAGUGCAGUGCUGAUGAUGCCCUUCAUGCCACUAAGUCUUCUUGAUGAGGACAAUCUGUCACUGCUUUCUUCUGACGUAUGCUCGUCCCUCGCGCUUCUGGUGCCCACAGCCGCUGCAAGCUCUUUGCCUGACAAUAAUAAAGAUAAUUUGUCUGCUGGUAGAGCUGCGUUAUUGAAACUGCAAGAUUUAUGGUCUGCAAUGCAUCAGCUAGUGCACAAGAACUGGGAAGAUGUAGGUCUUUCUUUAGAGCUAUUUGACAUGUAUGAAUCGAAAGAUCAUCAUGUUGAUUGGACCAUACAAGAAAUGUGGCCUGGUCACCUAUGGUUCAUUUUCAACCCAUGGAGCAGUCUGCUUGAGUCCGUCUUAUUUUUGGCUUCACAUGGCAUGACUAAGUCACGGAUGAAAACUCUACUGGAUUUCCCCUUCGUUGAAACAUACCCCAAUCUGGAAAAAUGUUUUGAUGUUAAUUCUGAAAGCAAGUGCUAUGAAAAAAUUGUUCUUUUUGGAGACAUGAGCGUUAAAGGCCAAUAUCUAGACAACCCUGCCUUGUUGUACAAUCAUAGCGUUGACUUCAGCAAUAACGCUUGGAUAUCUCAAGUGCUAGAACAGACUUAUGAAUUGCCAUCAAAUUUGCUCCUAGUCUUUGUGUUGGACAUGUCAAGUUUUGGCUACCGAGUUCCACUUGAACAUUGCAUUAAAAACAAAUGCAAAAAUCCUAUUCUGGUGAACUCUCUGCCAGAUGAUUGCACUAAAGACCCUGUCAAACUGAAGGAUUUGGCUUCUGUGAAGAUAAGAUCAAUUAUUGAUCAACUUGUUGCUCUGCGGAAGUGCUUGCCUAAUCAGAGUUCGGUUAGUCUUGCAUCUUUUCCACCCCAGCGAGUUUUCAUGUCUGAGACUUUAGACUUCCUGUCACAAAUGGACCACAAGGCUCUCCACUGCAGCAUAUCCUUGCCUCAUCCUGUCGGCACUCACCCUGAAGGCAUCGUCUGCAUAGGAGCAGAAUGUGACUGGCAGUUGCUGAACCAAGCUGUUCAUGCAGAGCUCAAGAAGCCCUUGAAUAAUUUCUUGGUGAACUUCAACCCCUAUAAUGGCCCGACUGAAGCUUAUGAACCCGUUCUUGAAUGCGUUACUCUGUUGAAAAAACUUGAAAGGCCGUUCCCUGCUUACCACUCCUGGAAGGUUGACGUCAAAAAAAGCAUCUCCUCGUUCUUGAAAAUGAAAUUUAAUGCGCCACAAUUAAUUGAGAAGGCGAAAGUUGAAAAUAAAGAUCUCGGGGCAGCAGAAAACAGACGGAAACUUGGCGCUCUCAUUGCAGCAAAGAGGAGGGAACAAUCUGAACAAGAGGCGGCAAGAGUAAAACCUGCUUGUGAGAAUCCUAACGAGAUAAAUAAAUUGGUGACGGAUACUGAAAAUGUUGAUGAUGUUGCGACCACGAUCGCGGAAGGAGUGCUGGUGCAGCCUGAGGUGGCCAGUGAUAAUUCCGAGAUAAUGGUGAAAUUGGAGACGAACACUGAAAAUAGUGACGUUGUUGCUGCCACGAACUCUGAAGGAGUGAAGAUAAAAGAGGAACCUUCCGAUAAAAAUUCUAAUGAGAUAACCAAAUUAAAAACAAAUGCUGACGAAAGAAGCAUCGUUGCCACUACAAACACAGAAGUAAUAAAAAUGCAGGAAAAGCCUGUCACAGAAGAACCCAGGGAUUGUACAAAAUUGGAAACAAAUGCUGAAAAGAAUGACAAUGUUGCUGUCACAAGCCAGAACCCAGUGCUGGAGUGUACAAAUGUGGGAAAAACUGCACCCCAAGGAACAAUUGUUAAGAUCAGUGCAGGGAGUGCUUGCUUCAGUUUUGGGUUCCUGGACACACUAACACACAUCUUUGGGGCCAACGUGAAUAAAUACUCUAUCACUCAUGAAGGUCCGAAUGUUGUUUACACAUUCACAUUUCCCAACCCAAGGUCAGCGUCCAUCAUGCAUCAAGUUCUCCACAACUUUGUGCUACCGGAAGGCACCAUCUCAGCCAGCUGGCCUAACAAACAACAUAUGCCGUAUGUUAACGCGUUCCAGCUGAAGAAUGCCAAAGCUACCAUGAUCAAGUUUGCUGUAGAAUACCGAGCUUCUUGGAACCGUCUCUGCAGCAGCAUUGCGAUGAAUAAUCUCUUUAACAAGACGCCGUCUCAGCACCGACAUAACUGCGUGUACGAGAGCACUGAAGCGGGCCACCACCUGCUGGCUCACAUCACACAUGAGCUCACCACAGUCACCCCGCACCUACUGCGCACCAACGACGUGGUGCUGGUGGUGGUGACGACGAGCGAUGUCAGGGCACGCCACAUGGUCACGCUGCUUAAACACGUCAUGGACGUGUCACGUCUUGUCAUCGUCUGCCAGGGAGACCAACCGCCUUAUGCAAACGCGCACCUGCUGCUGGGCACGAGCAACUUCCUGGUGCAGGCGCUGGAGCAGCACAAGCUGCGGCUGAGUGCUGACGGCGCGCGGCUGCUGGUGGUGGGGGCGACCGCGAUGCUCACCGAUGCCGAGCACAAACAUUGGCUCCAAAGACUUAAUGAAUUUCUCAACAACGCUCUUGGCCCCAAAGUGAACAAGUGCGUGACGACCGAGCGUCUCUACAAGGAACGCUAUCAAGAACUGUGCUCGCUGCUCGGCUGUCGCUUCAAUGUCGCCAACUUCAACUACGCUCGCCAGCUCCAGCUUAUAGAUCCCGAUGAUCUUCCAUGCGCUCAGGAGUGUUCAGAAGCCUUAACAGAUGCCAUCGAUAAAUGGGAAAACGAAGUUUUCAGCUCAUAG